UUACAGAUACUGUGAACAAGGAUACUGAACCCAAAGAUCCAUAUCCCAUUCCAAGAAAGAUUAUGGCUGAACCAGACUACAUAGAUGAUGACAAUCCUGAAUUAAUUAGACCUCAGAAAUUAAUUAAUCCUGUGAAGUCAUCCCGGAAUCAUCAAGAUCUCCAUAGAGAACUGCUCAUGAAUCAGAAAAGGGGUCUUGCACCUCAGAACAAACCAGAGCUACAGAAGGUGAUGGAGAAAAGGAAACGAGAUCAAGUUAUUAAACAACAAAAAGAAGAGGAAGCACAAAAGAAGAAAUCAGACCUGGAAAUAGAGCUACUGAAACGGCAGCAGAAACUGGAGCAGCUGGAACUGGAGCAACAGAAGAUGCAGGAAGAGCAGGAAAACGCACCUGAAUUUGUCAAAGUCAAGGGCAACUUGAGGAGGACGGUCCAGGAAGCAACAGAAGCACCAGACUCCUAGAGCCAGCGCCUGCUAAGACUUCCAGCUUUCCUGCAGAGAGAGGCUUUUGCAAGUUGUCUCAGUUUUGCCCCUCGAGAGGAAAAUAACAGCAUCCAGCUGACACCUCCUGAAGAUGAGAUUUGUAAUUCCUGGGACGUGUGGAUUAAAAAGACAGCACCGUAAACAGAUCGACUUGCCAAAUGCAGUCCUGAGAUCAAUGGACAAGGAGCCCGUUUGUCAGUUCAGUGUCAUGGACCAGUCUGAUGUGCUUACUCAGAGAUUUCAACCAGGGAUACUAGAGAAACUCCUUUAGUGUUGCACUGCUUUAUCUCUUGUGAUCCUAGUUUAGUGGAGAUACACAGAUCAUAUUUUGCUUUAAAACAGAACAAAAAUCCUCCUGUGAUAUCUUACAAAGCUUUGCUGUGCAGGUAGAUUUUCUCCAUCUAGACCUUGUAUAUCCUAGAAGAAUUUGUGUUUAUUGGAAUUUCAAUCAGAUCUGGAGGGAUAUGAGGUAUGUUGAUUGCUGAUGCCCAUCCCCACUAGGAUAGGCAGGUGUAGGCAAGAUGAGAAUGCUUAAAAUUCACCAGCAGUGAGAAAUUAAGCAGCCUUAAAUCCCAUUUCUCCCUGUUUG